CAUGUCUGCAGGGAUCUACACAGCGUUCAAGACCUUUCUACACAAAGACAAGAUCCUGAUUAAAAGACUACUAAAGGGGAUCCAGAGGAAGAGGCCGUCGGAGGUCCAGAGCGCCAUCCUGAGGAGACACUUGUUAGAGCUGACCCAGAGCUUCAUCAUCCCUCUGGAGCGCUACAUGGCCAGCCUGAUGCCUCUGCAGAGAUCUGUGUCACCGUGGAAGACUCCCCCUCAGAUCCGGCCCUUCAGUCAGGAGGACUUCCUGUUGUCUCUCGAUGACACGGGGCCACAGCUGACCUCGGUGCUGAAAGGUGAUUGGCUGGGGCUGUACAGGAAGUUCUUCAGGUCUCCAAACUUUGACGGCUGGUACCGCCAGCGACACCGAGAGAUGACCCAGAAACUGGAGAGUCUCCACCUGGAGGUGCUCUGUGACGCCGACCUGGUGACCUGGACUAAAGAUAAAUCGGAGGUGGAAACCGUUGACUUGAUUCUGAAGCUUCGAGAGAAACUGAAUAAAGCGCGCAGGCAGCAGCUGCAGCUUAAAGACGGAGUUUUAGAAAAACUGGAAAACUUCAUUGAGACGAUCGUCACGUCUCUACCUGAAGAACUGGGGAGAGUACUGAGUACACACUGUACACACAUUACACACAGUACACACUGACUACACACACAGUACACACAGACUACACACAGACUACACACAGAGUACUUUUAUUAUUAAGUUGUUUAGUGUUUAAUGUGAUGCUGUUUGUUUAUUAUUAGUUAUUAAUAAAGGUCUGUUUUAUUUAUUAUUUAUAAAUAUGUUUCCUGAUUGUGUUGUAUAUCAGAGGGUUAGGGUCUCUCAGACCCCAGAGAAUGUGUCUCACAAUAUUUAUAAAGAUAUUGUAAUUAUAAUUGUGUUCUUGUUUUUAUUUUCUAUUUAUGGAUUAAAAUAUGAUGGU